UCCGGAUGACUAGCACCCAAGAUGGCAGCGCAUGUAGACGAUGAAUUUGAAGAUGCUCCCGAUGUUGAACCACUUGAACCCACUUUGAAGAACAUCAUUGAGCAAAAGUCGCUCAAGUGGAUUUUUGUCGGUGGAAAGGGUGGCGUUGGCAAAACAACAUGCAGCUGCAGUCUUGCGGUGCAGUUGGCGGCGGUGCGGGAGAGCGUCCUCAUCAUCUCCACAGACCCCGCCCACAACAUCUCAGAUGCCUUCGACCAGAAGUUCUCCAAGGUGCCCACCAAGGUCAAAGGUUACGACAACCUCUUCGCCAUGGAGAUUGACCCGAGCCUGGGCGUGGCGGAGCUCCCGGACGAGUUCUUUGAGGAGGAGAACAUGCUGAGCAUGGGCAAGAAGAUGAUGCAGGAGGCCAUGAGCGCCUUCCCCGGUAUAGACGAAGCCAUGAGCUACGCUGAAGUCAUGAGGUUAGUGAAGGGGAUGAAUUUCUCGGUGGUGGUGUUUGACACGGCUCCUACGGGCCACACGCUGCGCCUGCUGAACUUCCCCACCAUCGUGGAGCGAGGCCUGGGCCGCCUCAUGCAGAUCAAGAACCAGAUCAGCCCCUUCAUCUCACAGAUGUGUAACAUGCUGGGCCUGGGUGAUAUGAAUGCAGACCAGUUGGCCUCUAAACUGGAGGAGACUCUUCCAGUCAUCCGCUCCGUCAGCGAACAGUUCAAAGACCCAGAGCAGACGACGUUCAUCUGUGUUUGUAUUGCGGAGUUCCUGUCCCUGUACGAGACGGAGCGGCUGAUUCAGGAGCUGGCAAAGUGCAGCAUAGACACCCACAACAUCGUCGUCAACCAGCUCGUCUUCCCCGACGCAACACGCCCAUGCAAGAUGUGCGAAGCCCGACACAAGAUACAGUCCAAGUACCUCGACCAGAUGGAGGACUUGUAUGAGGAUUUCCACAUAGUCAAGCUGCCUCUGUUACCCCACGAGGUCCGUGGGGCCGACAAGGUCAACACCUUCUCCAAACAACUCCUGGAACCCUUCAACCCCCCCAAGAAGUGACCACACACACACACACCUUCUCCAACCAGCUCCUGAAACCCUACAUCCCUCCGAAGCAAUGAACACACGCGCACACACACACACACACACACACACACACACACACACACACACACACACACACACACACACACACGCUCCAGCCAGCCACUGGAGCUCUGCAACCCUCCCAGGAAGUGAACACACAUGCACAGCAGGUAGCAGUUACACGCUGCACCGCUACUCCAGGCCUGAAGGGGCGCUGUGGCCUCUCUCCUGCCCAAUGCACAAUGGAGACACACAACACACGAUAAACACAACACAACACCCAUAGCAGCCCUCAGCAACCACUGGACAAUAAUCACCAACAGCCCACAUCACCCGUUAGACAUCUCUCUCUCUCUCUCUCUCUCUCUCUCUCUCUCUCUCUCUCUCUCUCUCUCUCUCUCUCUCAUAUUCAUCAUUCUUUCUCUCCUCCCUCCCUCUCUCUAUCUUCCUCUUAGUUACCCCUGCCCUAUGCAUUGUUGUGUGCAGAGCAGAGCAGUACAGUAUGUAAUGUGUGUGUGUACAGAAGUGUGUUCUCAUGAGAAGACUUGAAGAGUGUGUGAAAUGCAUACUGUUGUCAUGUAAAGAACGAAAAGAAGGCAGAAGAAAAAGAGCAAAAUUUAAAAUAAACAUUUAAACAAUUGCAAAACCUUUCCUAAAUUCCUAAACUAUGACCAGAAUUGUUUGUUUUUCUGUCUGUCUGUCUGUCUGACUCUUGUGUGGGCGUGUAAAGUCUGGCUCCUGGUGUUGGCCCUGCUGGUCCAUCCAGGGUGAAUGUA